AUGCACCCGCUCGGCGACACGGAAAGUAUACAACACUUUAGAUCGAUCGAUCGCAGGAUUGUGAUCCCUGCGCUGAUCAGCCGCAGCGCGCAUACACUACUAACGCCCGCACCUAUGGCAAAGAGCAACUUCACGCCCCUUCUCGCCGUUGCCAUUGUCAGCGUUGUCGUUUUUCUGUAUUCAACUCACAAAACGCGGGAAACAUGGCGGAAGUUGCCCGAACAUAUUGGUUUAGGCGAUCGUCUGUUUCGAGAGCAGUCUGACUAUACGCGCAACGGUAGCAUGGGCCGAAAACCUCCAGACCCCAGCUUUGCCAAUUGGAAUCCCAAGCCCAACUUCACUAAAGGCUCGCCUAAAUCCGGGGGUUAUAACUACUCCACCACGCUUGUCGUUGCGACGGUCAAGGAAGAAAGCACAAGAUGGAUGGAAGAGCAUCUGCCAGCAGAUAUCCAAAGGAGCAUCUGGGUGGCGGAUGAUCCAACAGCACCGCUUCAUCCCCCAAAGAACAAGGGCCACGAAGUUAUGAUUUACCUCUCGUGGAUAAUCGACAACUAUGAUGAUCUGCCGGACAUUGCCCUGUUCCUGCAUGCCCAUCAGCAUACCUGGCACAACGAUGACAUCCUGGGCCACGACGCCGCGGCUAUGAUUAAGCGUCUCAAUCGCGCGCGUGUGUGGAGGGAAGGCUAUGUCAACCUGCGCUGCAGCUGGUUCCCCGGGUGUCCCGAGUGGAUGCAUCCAGGCGAAACCAAAUUCAAUGGCAACAAGCAGGAAGAGCUCUUCCUGUCCAAAUCAUGGAGCGAACUCUUUCCCCUCGACCGUGUCCCCGAUGUUCUUGCGCAGCCAUGCUCGGCUCAAUUUGCGCUUUCGCGCGAACGCAUUCUUGCGAAGCCACAUGCGCAGUACAUCUGGUACCGUGAGUGGCUCUUCAACACCAAAAUGCCAGACAAUGUUUCCGGUCGCGUCUGGGAGUACAUGUGGCAGUUUGUCUUCACGGGGCAUAAUGUCUUCUGUCCUAAGGAACAGGUGUGUUACUGCGAACAAUAUGGAAGUUGCUUUGGUGGGGAGAAAGAGUACGAGGCGUUUGCAGAGCUGAAGCAAGAGCUCUACGAUCGCGAGAACGAUCUACGCAGGUGGGAAGAUAUGGGCAACAAGAUUCGCGAGGCGUUGGAGAAGAACGAAACAGAGGAAGCGGAGAAACUAGAGCGCCCAGAAUGGGGGAAGGACGUCGAGUACAAGAUUGAGAUUGAUAGGUUGAGGCCGAUUGUGGAGAAGCUGAAAGACGAGGCGGUGCAGAGGGGGAAGAGCCCGCAGAAUCGCGCAAGAGAGCUCGGCAGAGAGUGGAAAGAAGGAGAUGGGUUUUGA